AUGAAUAACGACGAUGGAGCUAUCCGUCGAAAUCCAAUUCGACAAGCACGGUACGUCAUUGCCAGUCCUUUGAGUUUUGAACCAACAACGAAUCCCAGUUGGAACUCGCUUGCCGAUCCAAAUGCUUUUGAAGUAGCAGGACGCGGUACACACAUGUUAGUUGGUCAACUCGAACCUUUGAUUCGUGGAAUGGUUGAAGCCACUGCUUCUGUCGCAAUCGAAGCGACCCAGGCGCAGUUGUCGUUGUCACCAAGGAUGAACAUCACAAUGACCAGAAACAGUUUGUCUUUUCUCCGUCGAUCACUGCAGGAGAAUCGACAAGCUCUGCUUAUGCGUCUGGAAACGCAGUAUGGUGUCCGAAUGUACCAAAACCCAGAGGAGACGACUGAACUAUUUGACAUCGACACGUUGUCGUUUCCAGGGGAACGUACAACUUCCAUCAGGUCGAGAGGUAGUCCUGGAACAGAACGACCACAGGCAAGCGAGUCAGAGUACUGUGCAUUUUCUUUCAUGGGUACUACGUUGAGAUUCUUUUCCGCUUACCUCGAUUGGAUGGAUGAAAAGGUUGAUGAGAUUGCCCAUGGUGGUUUUGUCGACACUGAUAUCUAUGCGCAUGCUUGUCGGCAUUUGUCAAUGCACUUCAAGAAAACCCAACAGAUUUUCACUGUCAAAACGAUUUAUCCGCCCAGUGUGAUGAGUUUGAAUUCAUUUCGCCGAAUGGAGAAUGAAGACAACUACGAUGCAUUAACACGCUACUUUUACAAUGGUAGUGAUCGUCUGCUUUAG